GACAAUUCUGUUCUAGCUAACGUUAGCUAGCUAACCUUCCAGUUGGCUGUUGGUCCACUGCACUUAAAAAUGUAGCUCACGCUGGCUAACUCGGUGAGAGGGAACCCUGAAACCAAGUUUAAAUUUUCCUUGGAAACUGUUGUGAAAUUUGAAUAAGCUAGUUACGCAUCUUCUCCGCUUUAAACGGUGUCAGUUUACAUUAGUUUACAAAUGGUGGCUGGAUGGCUGACUAGUUAGACUAGCUGGAUUUGAGUGAUCCUUCAUGUGCUGUGUGGGAUCCCAUUGAUCUGGAAUGGAGGGUUUAUGCGGUUUGCCUUGUCGCUUUUUCCAUAGCAAAGUGCUUGCAGCAUGCUAGCUAGCUAGUUAGUUAAUUUAAACUUAAUUUAGUUAUUAUUUGUCAAAACGGCUUGAUAAUCUGUCGUCUAACACUCCAAAAAUGCCAAAACAUUACAUAAUUUAUUUAGGAAGCUUGCAAUGUGUCAGUUUCUGUUAGGCAAAUGGGGUUAACGUAAGGUGUUGUUUUCCGAAAUGAAAGUCGGCUAGCUGGCAUGGUCAUGUGAGUCGCCCUCCCUGUAUCAAGCGGAGGUUGCUAAGCUUUAGCUAGCUGAAAGUUGUUGCCAGACAUCAGUUUUAGACAGCUUGGUUAGUUAACGUUUAUGAUAUAACAUUACCAAAAAAAAAGUAUAUCAAAAUUCCGGGACUGGACGCGUAUAUUGCUGAAAUAUAAAACGAAAGCUAGUUCCAGCCGAGUUAUUUACGUUAAACUAAGUUGCUGUCAAACUAAGGUGAAGGCGCAAGAUGGUGGACCGCUUGGCCAACAGCGAGGCCAACUCCAAGCGCAUCGCGGUGGUGGAGGGCUGCUUCGGCACGGCGGGGCAGCCGCUGGCCAUCCCCGGCCGGGUGCUGAUCGGCGAGGGCGUCCUCACCAAGCUGUGCCGCAAGAAGCCCAAGGCGCGGCAGUUCUUCCUCUUCAACGACAUCCUGGUGUACGGCAACAUCGUCAUCCAGAAGAAGAAGUACAACAAGCAGCACAUCAUCCCGCUGGAGAGCGUCACCAUCGACACGGUGGAGGACGAGGGCGACCUCCGCAACGGCUGGCUCAUCAAGACGCCCACCAAGUCCUUCGCCGUCUACGCCGCCACGGCCACCGAGAAGUCCGAGUGGAUGAACCACAUCAACAAGUGCGUAGCCGACCUGCUGGAGAAGAGCGGCAAGUCGCCCAGCAGCGAGCACGCGGCCGUCUGGGUGCCCGACUCGGAGGCCACCGUCUGCAUGCGCUGCCAGAAGAUCAAGUUCACACCCGUCAGCCGCCGGCACCACUGCCGCAAGUGCGGCUUCGUGGUGUGCGGGCCGUGCUCGGAUAAGAAGUUCCUGCUGCCCAGCCAGUCGUCCAAGCCGGUGCGCGUGUGCGAGUUCUGCUACGAGCAGCUCUCCGGCGGCCAGCUGGGCGGCGGCUUCUCCGCCCGCUCGGACUCCUUCGGCCGCUCGCCCUCCAAGUUCCCCGCCAACAACGUGUCGGACGACGACGACGACGACGACAGCAGUGACUGAGGGGGGCUCGUUGCUCCCCCGCCCGCUCCCCCUCCCCCGCCUCCUCCCCCAUAGGAAUAUUAACAUAGGAGCCUUUCGUUUUGUUUCGGUUGUUUUUGUUUUUACCCAGCAGGGCUUGAAAUUGGCUUGGGGUCGAACGUGGCGGAUCUUACCUUCUGCGUUGGCGUUCCAGUAUGACGACAUCUUCAUUUAGAGAAACCUGUCCUUCCAUUAGUGUUCCAAAGCCGAGCGUGUGGAAUUUACACACGGUAAUGAAUUUGCAAUAUGCCCGGGUAAUAACCAGCAGAGAUGUCGAGUCUGUUGACAGACAGCACCCUGGCUCUGUUGGUCCGUGCGUAUCCCAGCUUCCCCGGGGGGUGUGACGCCCCCCCCCCCAGCUCUCCCUCACUACAGCAGCCUGACUGAAAGCCGCUGCCUCCAUGCUAAUCUCCAGCUCUGACCAGAGCUGCUUUUAUAGUGGGAUUCUUUUUUUUAACUCGGUCCGUUUAUGAAAUUCUUUCUCUUAUUUUCCUAGCCGUAUAUUUUUCUACCGAUGAACCUUAAAGUAAAUCGCGUGCCUGCCUCGGUGCUGGUAGUUCUGCAGGGAUACGAUUACCGGCACCGGUUUUUUUUUUUUUUUUUUGCAGAUGGAAACAUUUUUUUAUUCUGCUGUAAAGCUUUCAGGUGAACUUCCGGGGCGUUUUUUUUCUCUAAAUAUGUAUCUGCUUUCAUAUCCAAUCCUUUUUACAUGUCUUUGUUGAAAUGAAAUGCUUCUUCGUGCAACAAAUGGAUUCCCUCAAAGACCAAUCAAAUCACAUUAAAUGAAUAUGCAAAAAGUGGCUGAUAAAUUGUCCUAAGAUGUGACACUGCAGCUGGUGGAUGUUUGCUGUCUCUUUUCCCGAUUAUUGCUUGCGACAAAUCAAACAGAGGCUUGAGUUGGAGAGGUGAAGUUGUAAAUGGUGAGGUUGUUUAAGGUGUAUGUAAUGUAGAACGCAGUCAGUAUUUUCCCAUAAAUAAUAAAAAGGCCUUAAUUCCCACACAGUGCCUUAGGAUAGAAGUCUAUAGCCCAUCUUAGAAGUACUGUACUAUGUGGGAUGUGUGUAGAAUGUUAGUAAAGUAAAUGCUGUUUUACUUUUAACAACACAAAACCAAUCACAUGGACCACAUUGCGACUGGAAGUGUCCUGUUGAGUACAAUCUGUAGGUUCCGCAAUAUGUGUGCUGUACGUGCGGUCCAAACAUCUGUAUGAUUGACCGAGUUGUCAAACGUGUCCAUACAUUAAGACACGUAAUUACAUGAACUGUUAGAAAGCUUUAUUUUUCUACAAAGGACAUUUUGAUGCAUAGAAAUUUUAGAUUUGAUAAAACAUUUAAAAAAAACAUGGAAUAUGUGGAAAAACACUUUUUGGAGCAGGAACAAUUCUGGUGUAAUCUUGUACCAUGUAUGGGCCAAUGUCAUCCUCUGGGUGAUCGUGUGUAAUGGCUUCUCCCAGUAAGGAAUCAGCAGAGCCAUAUUUUUGGAGUUGUGCCACUUAAUUGAGUUAGUGACCCUUAAUCGAUUGGUUAAACGGGAUUAGUGGUCUGUGGAGGUUCAGGUAGUUCCUUAUGGGAAAAAUCAGCCUUACAGAUUAUAGAUGUCAUAAAAUGGCUAAUUAGCAAUAAAACAUUUCCUUAAUGUGUGCUAGGAGCUAGGUUUCAGCUGAGGAAGAGAAAUUGUGGCAUGUUAUCCCACCAGUGUUUUACAGACCUCUGUAAUUUGGUUUAUACUUCAUUCUUUAGAAGUGGCAGGAAGUGGCAUUGAUGAAACUUGUGGCCAGUCAUGAAAUCUUACAUAGAAGUGAGGCUUCCAUAAAAUAACCUGAGAAAGAAAGGAUAAUUACAAGCAAAGAUCAUUGGAAGCAAAGUCUAAAGCUACACACAGUUUACCAGUUAUAGCUUAUUGCUAAUGAUGCAUCAUAUAUUGCUGAGAAUUUGGAUUUUUGCCAUUACAAGGCUGAGAUUCUAUCAAAAUUGUUUCACUUGGAAUAACAGCUAAGAGCAAGAAUAUCUUUUUCCACUAACACAGUUUGGCAAGCUCAGCCAUUACUAAAAUUAACUCAUCAAAAUGAGAUUGUGAAGAAGUAUAAUGCUUGCAUUUGCUUGUCAGUCAUCGCUAAGAACAAGUAUUGGUUGAAUACAGGUUCAAGUCUUGUGACCAUCUCAGUACUACAGUGACCUAACAUGUCAUACAACAACCAAACAUUUUUUUUUGCAAUAAAUAAUUUUCCUGCAUUAUUCAUAACGAGCAGACAUGAACAUUCUUCUGAUAAAGUGAAACUGCGUGCUCUGCUCUUUUAAGGAGGAAUAAUUGUCCUGUUGUCACUUUUUGCUUUGUUUUUACUCACUGCGGACCUUUGUGAACUACAUUGUGUUUUUGUAUGCAGAUGGUGUGUGGUGUACUAUGAAUGCUGUGGCGCAUAACGGAAGUUCCUCUAAACUGAGGCAACAUUCUUGUCUUACAACAGGAAGUGAGUCCUGCGUAUCAAAAAGGGAAGCGUUACUACCCACCCCAACCCCACCACUCACUGCAUUUGAAUCACUUUAAAUUCACUAACACUUUCAGGUUUGGUGCUGAGUCUGUCUGGCUUGAUGUGAACUUGUCAGUCUCUGGUCUGUCUAUGCUCAGAUGUCAAAAAAGUUGUGUUGCAUUGUUUCCGUGGUAAGCCAGAGUGUGUGUGUGUGUGUGUGUGUGUGUUUGGAAAAUCCAGUGUCAGACUCGUGCAUAUGCAACUGUUUAGCUUGACUGUUAAAAAUAGCCUAUAAGCACAAAUUAAUGUGGAAAUGUGAUUUUGUUAAGUUUUUCCUCUUUGCUUUUAGUGUGUUUAUUGAAGUGAGAACUGACAUUUGAAAACAAUGAAAAAAGAUUUUUGUGGGUCAGAUUUCAAAAGCAAUUGCAUUUAGGUUUUUUUACUUUUAGCUUGACUUACAUAACAUUUGCAGGAUUUUUGUGUAUAUGGACCAUGUCUAUGCAGUAAACAGUGAGAACCAUUGAGAAAACGUUUCUGAAUUGUCAAGAAAUGUUUUACUCUACACCAAGUCUGGAAAAAUUUAGUCAGAACAAAUUGUUGUCCAUGCUGGAAGCCCCUAAAUUUGGAUAUUUUGGCCCGUUCCCUUAACUACAGUGAAUAAAAUUUGAUGAUUUGAGUCCAUCUUUGGCAAUAUACAAGAUUUAUUAGCACAUGUAUUUUCAGUUGUGCUUGAAUUCAGUUUGUCCCUGAAGUUCCAGUUUUCAAAACUGUUCACCUCCCCUAUCCUUUCUUUGUGUGUGUGGAAGAGGUUCGGUUUUAAUCUUGACUGUUUGUAAAUUUUGUACGGUGUUCUUUUCUUCGGCUUGUGCAGCGUUAGAUUUUUACAUGUGGUUGAUUUGACGCUGUGCUGUGUCCUCAUCGCCGACCGGCCUCGUCCUCUUCAGGACUGAGAAAGACUGGCGUUUUUUUCUCCCAAACCUGCCCUGUUUCAGGGGCGGGGUCAGAAGUGUGAGUGACAGGAGUCAUAGAAACCCCCCUGAGAAGGACAGGAUGCCUACCUGCUCACCACACACGUCGGGACAACAGGGGUUCUCAGGACAAUCUGUGCUUGAGGUCAUAAUACAUGUUCAACUGAAUCUGAAACUGUGCUCAAUGAUGCCUGAAAGGAAAGCCUGAGGUUAAAAAUACAAAAACAAAAAGAUAAAUAAACUGGCCGAACUGUAUUUUAGGUUAAUUCUUCGUUUUUUCAGUUGUGAAGUCUCAACUCAUGUAAUUUAUAAUUCCUACUUUUUUUGUGGGUGGUGUUUUGUGUUCUCCUUUUUUCUCAAUUUCAUUCUUUUGUCGUUUUAAUUGUUUAAAAAACACUUUGAAAGGGCUUAAACCUGAAUGUAACGCAACUUAUAAAUAUUAGUUACUAAUUUUCUCAGAAAAUAUAUAUUGUAAUGUUUAA